AUGCCCUAUAUUGAUGACGACCUUCAAAACAGAUGGUUUGAUUUUGGUGGAGAUGCUAUUAUUAAUACCAACCAACAUAUUCGUCUUACUCAAAUGAGGCAAUCAGAACUCGGCUACUUGUGGUCACGUCUGCCGUUGAUGGGUGAGAAUUUUGAAGUUGAAUUCGAAUUCAAGGUAAGCGGCAGCUCCGGGCAUCUCUACGGUGAUGGUUUCGCUAUGUGGCUCACAAAACAAAGGAUGACAGAAGGACCAGUCUUUGGCUCAGUAGAUAACUUUGAAGGUCUUGGUGUCUUCUUUGAUACUUACGAUAAUGAGAGAGCACAUCGUCACACUUUCCCUUAUGUAAUGGCUAUGCUCGGGGAUGGACAUACUUCAUACAAUAAUGAUCUGGACGGUAGAGAGACAGAACUCGCUGGUUGUGAGGCUGACUUCAGAAUGAAGAGUUUUCCUACCAAGGCCAAAUUAACUUACCACAAGGGCAACUUCCUUCAAUUAGAAUUACAAUGGCGUCAAGAAGAUGAAUGGGAAGUUUGUUUCAAGAAGCAUGAUGUGAACUUGCCGCGUCAAAUCUAUCUCGGUUUCAGCGCCCAUACUGGUGAAGUAACUGACAAACAUGAUAUUAUUUCUGUUACUACUCGAUCUAUUCGCCCUGCAAUCAAGGAAGCAGCACCUCCACCCCCUAAAGUCAAGAAGCCUUCCAAGCCUGUCAGUGUUUUCUCCGUUUUCCUUAAAAUGAUAUUAGCAGGUGGUAUUGUUGGUGUUCUUUUCAUCGGUUAUCGCUAUUUGGAUCAAAAAAAUAGAAUGAAGCAUUUCUAA